CAGUAACUCAUCUGAAGAGCACCAAACCUUACAAAGCAGUCUGUUGUGGUUCAGGGAAUUGAACCUCCGACUUUUUGAGAGGCAAAAACAACCGUUGCAGUCCAAUGCGGGGUUUCUGGUCCACUAUUAUAAUAUUGUGGUGGAAGAAUCGCGAUGUACAGAACAACUAGUUACAUGUAUUAUUUGGAGUAACGAGGAUUUUUUUUAAGUAUUUAGUCGUAUCUCUCAAGCGAAAGGACCUAUGGUGCUGCACAAUCUAAUGGAAUUCUGCUGGUGGAUUUUGACUUUUAUGCCUAGAAGAUAACUGUGUAACAUUCUGGGGGGAGGGAAACCAGUUCCCCCCUGUUUUGAUAGCAAAAACAAUCUGAACAUUUAAGUGAGCACAUGUGUAUUUGUACGGAGAAGAGUUCAUACGCCUUGUGGAACCAAGUGUCCAGGACUACGCGCUGGAUACAAGGAUUACUAAUGGGAUACCACGGCCGUGAUUCCAGCUUUUCGUGCUGAUUCCGAACAAAAAGGCUGAAGUGAGGAAGGAAAGACUGGAGCUGUGUUGCUACUAUGAGGUCUGAGGCCUGGCUGCUAUGGUUCACACUGCUGUACUUCGCUGGGGCCGCCUUCCCGGAAGACUCUGAACCAAUCAGUAUUACGCAUGGCAAUUAUACAAAACAGUAUCCAGUAUUUGUGGGUCACAAGCCUGGACGGAACACAACGCAGAGGCACAAGUUGGAUAUACAGCUGAUACUGAUCAUGGAGAGAACCCUCUACAUAGCUGCUAGAGACCAUGUUUAUACUGUUGAUUUGGAUACAUCACACACUGAAGAAAUAUAUUCGAACAAAAAAUUGACAUGGAAAUCUAAGCAGAGUGAUGUUGACACGUGCAAAAUGAAGGGGAAGCACAAGGAUGAAUGCCAUAAUUUUAUAAAGGUUCUGCUUCAAACGAAUGGUAAUACUUUGUUUGUUUGUGGGACAAAUGCAUUCAACCCAUCCUGCAAAAACUAUAAGAUUGACACACUUGAAGGAAUUGGAGAAGAUGUCAGCGGCAUGGCCCGAUGUCCUUAUGAUGCAAAACAUGCUAAUGUUGCAUUGUUUGCAGAUGGGAAGCUUUAUUCGGCCACUGUUACUGAUUUUCUUGCCAUUGAUGCCGUCAUUUACCGGAGCCUUGGAGACAGUCCAACCCUGCGGACAGUCAAACAUGACUCAAAAUGGUUGAAAGAACCUUACUUUGUACAAGCUGUGAACUACGGUGACUACAUUUACUUUUUUUUCAGGGAAAUAGCUGUUGAAUACAGUAGUAUGGGCAAGGUCAUUUUUCCACGUGUAGCUCGGGUUUGCAAAAAUGACAUGGGAGGUUCCCAGAGGGUACUAGAGAAGCAGUGGACAUCUUUUCUCAAGGCCCGACUGAAUUGUUCUGUUCCUGGCGACUCCCAUUUCUACUUCAACAUUCUGCAAGCUGUGUCAGAUGUGGUUCAUAUCAGUGACCGGGAUGUGGUGCUGGCAAGUUUCUCAACACCGUACAACAGCAUUCCCGGCUCAGCAGUAUGCACCUAUGAUAUGGUCGAUAUUGCAGCUGUGUUUAAUGGCCGCUUUAAAGAACAGAAGUCUCCUGAUUCAACCUGGACCCCUGUUCCUGAUGAGAGAGUCCCUAAACCAAGGCCUGGCAGCUGUGCUGGUUCAAUAACUCUGGAGAGAUAUGAAACUUCUAAUGAAUUUCCUGAUGAUACCCUAAACUUUAUUAAAACCCACCCACUCAUGGAUGAAGCUGUACCAUCCAUCACUAAUCGUCCAUGGUUUUUGAGGACAGUGGUCAGAUACCGCUUGACCAAAAUUGCUGUAGACACCAGUGCUGGUCCCUAUCAGAAUCACACCGUGGUUUUCCUUGGAUCAGAAAAAGGAAUUGUUUUAAAAUUCUUGGCACGAGCCACUAGCGUUUUUUUUAAUGACAGCCUGUUCCUGGAGGAGAUGAACGUUUACAACCCUGAGAAGUGCAGUUUUGAUGGUGUGGAGGACAGAAGAAUUUUGGGUUUGCAACUGGACAAGCAGAGCAGCUCUCUUUAUGUCGCAUUUUCUUCUUGUGUUGUGCGUCUUCCCCUUGCUCGAUGUGAACGUCACAGCAGAUGCAAAAAGACUUGUAUAGCAUCCAGAGACCCUUACUGCGUUUGGACAAAGGAUGGUGUCUGUACUCAGCUGUUACCUGGUUCUAAAUUGGCAUUUGAGCAAGACGUAGACCAUGGCAACACAGAUGGCCUGGGUGACUGCCAAAAUUCCUUUGUGGCGCUGAAUGGCCACAGCAGUUCCCCUUUUCCCACAACUUCUCACUUUGCCAUCCAUGAGGGUUAUGAAAGCAGAGAACGGAUGCUGAAUUGGAAGGAUCCCAUCAACUCUAUUGAGGGCACAGAUCCUUACGUGGCCAUCUCAUCUCAUAAUCACCAGGACAAAAAGGGAGUUAUCCGGGAAAGUUAUUUCAAAGGUCCUGAUCAACUCGUACCAGUUACCCUUCUGGCCAUUGCAGUCAUCAUUGCCUUUGUGAUGGGUGCUGUUUUCUCUGGAUUAAUUGUUUACUGUAUCUGUGAUCACAGAAGAAGAGAUGUAGAUGUAGUGAGAAGAAAGGAUAAAGAGGUGACACACUCACGGAGGGGAUCCAUGACAAGUGUUACAAAAUUAAGUGGCUUGUUUGACAACCAGUCAAAGGAGUCAAGGCCUGAAGCUAUCCUGACACCACUGAUGCAGAAUGGCAAAAUAACGCCUAAUACCACUGCCAAAAUGUUGAUCAAGGCUGACCAGCAUCACUUGGACUUGGCCGCAUUACCAACACCUGAAUCAACACCGACUUUACAACAAAAGCGGAAGCCCAGUCGUGGCAGCAGAGAGUGGGAGAGAAAUCAAAACUUGAUCAAUGCAUGUACAAAGGAUAUUAAUUCCAUCAACUCUCCAGUAAUUCCAACAGAUCUUCCCCUUCAUGCAUCUCCAAGCCACAUACCUAGUGUAGUAGUCCUUCCUAUGACUCAGCAAAGCUACCAGCAUGAAUAUGUCGAUCAGCCUCAAAUGGUGGACAUGAGUCAGAUAUCUGUGGAUGACCAGAAUGCCACCCUGGAGUACAAAACCAUAAAAGAACAUAUUUCUAGCAAAAGUCCACGUCAUGGUGUUAAUUUAGUUGAAAAUUUGGACAAUUUGCCACCAAAAGUUCCUCAGAGGGAAGCCUCACUUGGGUCUUCUGGGUCAUCCUUAGUUCAGAAUGGCCAUGGCAAACGUUUAGAUGUGCAUUCUUCUGCUUACAGUGUAGAGUACAAAAGAAACUACCCUACUAACUCACUCACCAGAAAUCACCAGAUGUCAGCUCUCAAAAGAAAUAAUACCAACUCAUCCAAUUCCUCACAUCUCUCAAGAAAUCAGAGUUUUAAUAGAGGAGACAAUCCUCCGCCUGCACCGCAAAGGGUGGACUCCAUACAGAUGAGCUCUUCUCAGUCUCAAGGGCAGACAGUGACUGUAUCACGGCAGUCAAGCAUUACUUCCUACAACUCCCUGCCACGGUCAGGGGUGAAACGUACACCAUCUAUAAAACCAGAUGUACCACCUAAGCCCACAUUCUCCCCCAUUUCAACAUCAAUCAAGCCAAACGAUGCGUGUACAUAAUUAAGAUGGGGUGAAAAUUGUGGUAGACUUUGCUGCUUUAGUCAGUGUCGUGCAAAUGCAACACCAGUUUCAAUUUACAAACAAAGGCUGCUGUUAAGCUGAGGAUGUUUGUUCCAGCCCUGGGAAAAGUGGAAUAUUAUCUGUUCUGAUAUGUGAUGGAUGGUAAAAGUUGGCAAAAAGUUGGACUAAGACUCUGCAUGGCAGUUAUUCAAGGGAUGUGAACUAACAGAAAAUUAAAAGAAUGAGCCAGAAGCACAAAGUUGUGUUGAAUGUGUAAUUGUAACUUUUUUUCUUUUUACUGCACAAUGGAUUCCUGGACUAGGAGUUUUUCUCGUAAGAAAAUAAAACUGACAAAGCUAAUUCAGAUUUGAUGGUUACGGUUUGGUCUGUGCAGAUACUGUGAAGUAUUUCUCAGUGUUAAAGCCUCGUGGUCUUAGCAAAGUCAUGCUAUGUGUAGCAAGGCUUUGUCUCCAUGUUCUGCUACAUUUCUUCUUGUAGACUCAGUAGCGUGAGACUUAACACCUGUAACUUCUGUUAUUUAUUACGAAGGUGCUUUUUUAAAGAAAGGAAUUACUGACUUCUGUACAGGACUGUACACACUCCCUUGAGAAAAUACUUGUAAUUAUUUGAGUUAACAGUCUGUUAACUGGGUUUGUUCAUGGUUUUCCCUGAAUUUUUUUUGCUCACUAACAUUGUGGAACUGAAAAUUUGAACUUGAAUUGUCUAAGCACUAUGAGGGCAAUAUUUAUUUAUUUCUGUCAGUUUGUUGCUGGCUGGGCCUGUGAUCUGUGGCAGACAGAAACUCCCGAGUUGGUUCUAAGGAACUUUAAACAGAACUUAUAAACCCACGCAUCCCAAGUCAUGCACCAUUGCUGUCAGCAUGGUUUAAGAGUAGUUAAUACUUUCUGUGAUGGCACCAGUACGUGAUGUGCCAUUUCAUUUCACCUUGCAUGUAAGGCAGCAGAUAAAAUGAACAACAAAUGGUGUGAGAAAAAGUAGUUUGCCAGCUGUUACCAUGCAUAUAUUAUGGUUUUAUCACAUGGGUUCUUUGUGGGAAUACAUAUGUGAACUGCCUGUUUUCUUCCACAUGUAAAUUUGUGCCUUACACCCAGUUGUGUACAGUUGUGAGUAGCAGUAUGUAAUAUGUUUUCUUUUGAAUAAUUUUAAAAUAUUUAUUUUCCACCAUUUCAAUUUCCCCAAUUUUUAUAAAAUAUGCGGGCCUACUUCCUCCAGUGCAGCUGUGUGCCAAUUCUUACCAAUAAACUACCCUCCCCACACUGCACUACUGGAGUAGGUGCUGUGCUGUGGGUAGUUCGUUGUCAAAUCUAACUCUGAUGUAUUCCUGUGUACCAGCAUAAAAAUGACACGUGCUCUCUGGGUCUGGUGAGCACAGCGAAUAUAAAACAUAAUGGGAUAGGCUAGUGCUAGAUGAAAGGCAGUACUCACAGAACGUUCAUGCAAAGUGACAUCAUUAGCUAGUCCUAGCAGGCUGGUUCCUGCUAUAAUUAGAUAAUUCAUCAACACGGCAGACCAAAAGGUGAGAGAAAUCCUUUUGGGAAAACUGAUUUGUAUUUUUUUUUUUUUACGUUUUCUUUCAAGUUUUCUGUUGUUCAUGCACGAAGGAUAGAGUGUUUUAAUCUUUAAAAUGUCAUUCUGUAAAAAAGAUUUUUUUAUCUACUGAUCUGUUUGAUUUUUUGUACCCAGUUUGAGUUUCCUUUUGACUAAAUGACUUCCAUUGAGCAGGUGUGUUGAUGGUUUUAGAUGACAUGAAUGGAUUAGACCAAAGUGUGUAACAAGGGUGCAUGCAUAUUCUCUUCUGCUAAGUAUUUCUGCCUGCCCUUUCUUGUAACUGCAGAGCUCUGCUUUGGUUGGCUGUAUAUAUCCUAAGAUGCCUAAUAUGUCUCAGAAAUGUUUUAACUGGUACAAGAAUAUGAACGUGCUUUAGUAAGUAGUCAAACACCCUUCACUUUGAGUACUGAGUGUGCAGUGCUGUAGAAUUCCUUGAAGAGGCUUACAAAAUACAACAUUUUAAUGGACAGAAAUGGUAAAUGGAUUUAAUGCAGGCAGUGUUUUUGAAUGGAGCAGUGCUCAUUUGGUACUCCUGGUAUUUUUUUCUUUUUUCCCUUUUUUUUUUCUUUUGAGAUGCUCACUGUGGACACCACAUCCCUAAUUGUGCCUUUGCCUCUCACCCUUGGUAUACACUGAUAGAUACAACAGAGUCAGAAUUUAAUUGUGAAAUGUUGUAAAAAUAUUGUGAUGUCACAAGCUAUUCUCUCAUUUCCACAUCUCUUAACACCUGAUUCACAUUUUAAUGUACAUGUAUAAAAAUCCUUCUAUAAAUCAGACUGUUUUACCCUCCUGUGA